UUCAACAUCAGCCCCGACAGUAUAUAGAUAUGUAUAUUUUCUACAAUGAAUAAGUCUAACUUCAAGAAACUGGCGGCUGUCGUCCAAAGCAAUUCGGAGAAUACGGCGCGCAUCUCGGAGCAGACGAGUGGCUAUGUGGUGUCUGAGAAUGGUUCGGACACUCUGAUGCAGACCUCCUUCGACAACAGCACGGCGGUUGGGAUCGUUAAGCAUUUGAAUUCGAGUUUUGUGAAGUUGGCCCAGAGCUCCGUCCGGGACCUUGAUCCCACCGACAAGCUGUGCUUCCUCCGGGUGGUAACCCGCAAGUUCGAGUACAUGGUGGCCCCCGAGGAGAGUUUUGUCAUAACAGUGGUAUUGUAACUGUGAAUGCAUUGCAUUGGAGUGGGAUGGCCAUAGUCACACACACGCACACACACACGCGCUCAGGGGAGCCACCUUUGAUGCAAUGAAAUGGGAUGGAAUGGGAUGGACAUAGCAGCACGCAGGGGAGAGACUUGCCGAUCUUCGGAGGGGACGUAGCACUGUUGUUCCUAUUCUCCACACUUGAUGGAAUGCGCUGCGUUGGAGUGAGAAACACAGAAACACAGUCACACAAGGAAGCACAGCACCACGCACUCUCUCUGCUCGUUCCGUUGUUGUUGGUUUCUUUUUUGUUUUUGGAGAGCCUGAGGGUCUGGUCUGGGAAUCUGUGAGUCUGCGAAUCUACGAAUCUGCGAGCAUAAAUCUUUAACCCCAAAACUAAACGAGC